AUGUUUAGAAUACUAUUAAAUGGUAUUGCAAAAAAACCAAGCCAAUUAAUUGUUACUAGUAAUAGUGGUGGUACUAUUUUUGCAAAUAGCGGUAAUAAUAAUAACAAUAAUAACAAUAAUAAUAAUAAUAAUAAUGGUUUAUCUUUUUUAAAUUUAUUUGGAAAUAACACCGAUAGCCAAUCCAAUAAUACUACAAUAAAUAAUUUUAAAAAUGCAUAUAGAAAUUUCUAUAAACUUCAUUAUUCCACAUUAAAUAAAAAGUCAUCAUCAUCAUCAUCAAAUUCUAAACAAACAUCACAAACUAGCAACGAUAGCAACAAGAAUAAUAGUAGUAGUAGUAGUGGUAAUAAUAAAAAUAAUAAAAAUAAAAAGAAUUAUACAGUAAGAAUAAUAAAUAAUUUUGAAGUAAAGAAAAUUACAAAACAAAUUGAAUUGGAACCAUUUAAUAUUGAAAAUUAUCAAAAACUAUCAGAAUUAUUAGGAGCAAGAGAUGUUGCAAUCGUUAAUGGUAGAGAGAUUGGACAAUUGGAAAUAUUUUUAGAGAUAUUAAAUAUUGAGCCAAAACAAGCCUUCAUUCAUUACUUUUUAUAUAGUUGGUUGAAAGAUAUUGAAGAGUGUGACGACGAUUACGUAUUGACAUUACUAGACGGUACAACAAAAUUCACAUUGAAGGAGUUGUUGAUUAAAGAGAUUGAAAUCAGUCCAUCAUUUACACCACCCUAUAUUAAAUUAACAAAUUAUCAAUCGACAAUGUUACAAGAUAGAAUUGUGCUACCAAUAUUAAUGAAUGAUAAUAGAUUCCAAUGGGUUGGUUUAAACAAGUUGGAAUUGUUUUUAAAGGUUUUAGAUAUGGAGCCAGGUAAUUUAGUAGCCAAUCAUAAUUUAGCAACCUUUUUAUUAGUUAACAACCUUGGUGAAAUUCAAAUGAUGAAUGGUGAUAAACUUUCAACAUUUGAAAUUUGUAAAAACAAUUAUCAGUUAAAUAAAAAUACAACACCAUUCUCUUCAAUCUAUUUAUCUGAACAACCUGAAAUUACACCACAACAAUCGAUUAAAAUUUUAACUGAAGCAAUUUUACAAUUUCCAAAUGAACCAACUUUAUAUUUAAAAUUAUCAAAUAAAUUAUUAAAUAAUUAUGAUUUAGUUAUAAUUGAUAAUGGUGAUGGUGAUGAUGAAAAAUCAAUAAAAUUAAAUAGAUUACAAUUACUUGGUAUUGCAAUUUCGAUACAAGAGCAGUAUAUAAUCGAUAAUAGUAAUAUUCAAACAAUUCCAAAUAGUUUUGCAGAAUCUUAUUUUAAACUUGGCUGUUAUUUAGAGAAUAGAAAUCAAUCAAUUAAAUCAGUAGAUAGUAAUGGUAAUUUCAAUUGUUCAUGGAAUAUAAUAUCAUCAUUUACAAGAGCAUUAGAAAUUAAUCCAAAUCAUUUAGAAUGUAAAAAAUUAUUAAUUCAAUCGAUUGAUAAUAAAGAGGUUGUAUUAAUUGGUUCAAAAUCUUACUCUAAAUUAGAUUUAAUUUAUUCAAUGAUUGAAUCUUCAAAACAAAAUUCAACCACUGAUUAUUAUAAAUUCAUUUUCUCUUCAUUAUCAAAUUAUUAUAAAGAAAUUGAUCAUCAAAAAUAUUUAAAAUUUAAAAAUUUAUUAAAUAAUGAAAUUGAAAAAAGAAAAUUAAAACUUAUAAGAUUAAUAAACCAAUAUCCAUUCUAUAGUGAAUAUUAUCAUUUAUUAUAUCAAGAAAUGAAUAAAGAUGAAAGUGUAUUAUUAAAAGGUAAAACCAACAACAAUAACAAUAACAAUAGCAAUAACAACAACAGCAAUAAUAAAAACAAUAAUAAAAAUAACAAUCAAGUAACAAUGAAUAGAAUAGAUGUAUUAUUAAAAUCAAUUGAAUUAGAUCCAAAUAGACCAAUGUUAUAUUAUCAAUUAUCAGAGGAAUUAGAUGAUGAUUUAUCAACUAUAACAUUAUUAGAUGGUGUAUCGGUGAUGAAUAAACAAGAAUUACUAUUGAAAGAGAGUCAAAUUAAUCCAAACUUUUCAAAGACUUAUUACGCUUUAUCAAAAUUAAUUCGUGAAGAUAAUGAAGAUGAUGUUAGAAAUAAAAUUGAAUUCCUUAGUGUCGCACUAUCAUUAGAUACAAAGUAUAGUCCAAACCUUUAUUUAGAAUUGGGUUUAUUAAUGAAAAGAUAUAAUAUCGAUUCAUUUAAAUCACAAUUAUCAAGAAAACAAAUGUUUAUAAAAUCCUUGGAACAAGAGGACCAAUGUUUAUCCGAUUUUUCAAAUGCUAAAAACUCAUUGGCUUGGUAUCAUUUAGCUAUGGAAAUGAAUGACCAUGAGCUUUGUUUAGGUAAAACUAAAAAAGAUAUCAUCUCUUUGAUCGUCAAUAAAUUAGAUCCAAAUUUUACCCUUGCUCGUUUAGAAUUUUUAAAGUUUGAAAUUAAUGGUAUAAUUAUUAAAAAUCAAAACAAUCAAUUAGAUACUGUUACUAUGUAA